GUAUAUGAAGAUGGUGGGAGGGAAAGUAUACCUCAAGGAAGGUGUUGUUCCUCACAUAUUUGAGUGUCAGGGAAGGCAAAAGACAGAAAAUCAGAACCGUAAGGUUGCGGCAAGGAAAAGGAAAAUCCUAGAAAUACUGCAAGACAAAGAAAACAUUUCUGAAAACUCUGCUCAGCUUACAGUAAGUCCAGAAGAUGAGAUAGUAGGAACCAGCCAGUCUGAGUCUCCUGUGAAGGACAUUGGUAUCCAGGUACUGAUUCCUAGGAGAUCAGUGGCUUUACAGACCAGCAUUAUACCACGGAAGGCUGAUGUAGGCUGCAAUACGGACAACGCUCCACAACAAAAUAACUCUCCAUCGUCUGCUGCUGCUUCCCUUUCAAGUGAUGAAGACCAAGACUGCUGAAGACUACAACUCCAAGAAGGAACUCUAGUACAUGCAGGCGCUGGACAAAGUGUAAGACUCGCGUGUGUGUGUCCUGUGGGUGUUGGUUGGGUCCGGAAAGGGAGGAGGUUGAGAGCUCUCUCAUGCCAUCCAUAAGUGAGGUAAGUGAAGAAGAGGGAAAAAGUUUGUCACUCAUCGUUACUAGAGACUAUAUUAGAAAUAACCCAAUGCGUUACACUGGAUUAGAUAAAGAACACCUGGACAUUGUAAAUUUACUGGGCAACAAAAUUUGUUAUCGUGAAAGGGAGCAGCUAAUGACAAAAAGUGAUGUUGUGUCAUUGGUGUUAAUGAGGAUCCGCACAACUAUCCCCAGUAACAUUAUUGCUGAUAAUUAUGUUUGGGAUAUCUGUAGGUAUGGUAAGCAGGAUACUAUCACGUCACAUACCAAUAGUGGCUAGUUGUUUACAAGGUCUCAUUUACUGGCCUCCUUGAGAGAUGAUAAGAAAAAGACUUCCACAUGCAUUCGA